UCCUCUUUUUCUUUAACCCUUCCCACUUGAUCUCCACGUGUCGUCCUUAUCCUCGCCUCUACUCUUCCUCGAGCUGUCUCGCUCUUGGUUCCUAAUCUCUUGUCUGCUCUGUCACUGUCCUACCACCUCUCCCUCACCACAAUGGCCGAAACCGCAACUUCCCCUGCCCCUGCGGCGGAAAACAAGCAGGCUCAUGUCCGCCCUACUAAGCCUGACGAGGAGGUCUUUAAGAAGGAGCUCGCAAAGGCCGAGAAGGAGCACAAGGCUUCAAUGGACCGUUUGGCCGCUGUGAAGGCUAAGAUUGAUAUUGCUAUGCCCAACAAGAACAAGGAUCAGCCCAACCCUACCCAGCAGCGACGACAAGAGCUCAUCGCACAGGCCAACGAGAUUCGACAGAAGCAGGCUGGCGGAAAGAACGCCCGUACUGGAAAGCUCGACCAGAUCAAGCGCCUUGAUGAGCAAGUCCGAAGCCGAAUUGCCGAGCAGAAGACAGCAAAGGCCAAGGUCCCCUACAAGAGCCUCGAGGAUGUCGAUCGCCAGAUUGCUACUCUUGACAAGCAGGUCAACUCCGGUACCAUGAAGCUCGUCGAUGAGAAGAAGGCCCUUUCAGACAUCUCUAGCCUCCGUAAGAUGCGCAAGAAUUUCGGCCAGUUCGAUGAUUCUCAGAAGCAGAUUGAUGACCUCCGCGCCAAGAUCAAGGAGAUCAAGGACAGCAUGGACGAUCCCGAGCAGCGUGCCCUUUCUGAUCAGUACAACAAGAUCCAGGCCGAGAUUGACACCAUCAAGGCUGAGCAGGAUGAGGCCUACAAGGGCAUCUCCAGCCUUCGUGACGAGCGAACAAAGCUGCAAGCCGAGCAGCAGGAGAAGUACACUGCUAUCCGUAAGCUGAAGGAUGACUACUAUGGCCAAAAGAAGGCUUUCCAGGCCUACGAUCGUGAGGCCCGUGAGGCUCGUCGUGAGAAGCAAAGAGCAGAGCAAGAGCGUUACCACCAGGAGCGCAAGAAGGCCGAGGCUGAGCGCCGCCUGGGUGAUGCCAGCGACCCUGCCUACCUAGACGAAAUCCGCCGUGCCAACAGCCUGCUCCAGUUCCUCGACCCCAACCACAAGGUCGAGAAGGGUCCUCUCAUGGCCGAUACUGGUCUCGGUGCUCAGGCCCAGCGAAGCGUCGACGAGUCUGGCCUUAAGGGUACCAAGCUCCUUCGCAAGGAGGACCGCGAGGAGGAGUAUGCUCCUGCUGUCAAGAAGGGCAAGAAGGGCAAGAAGGCCGGUGCUGGUCCCUCAUCCAACAAGUUCAGCGUCCCCCCUGCCGUCGUUGAGGACUGUGCUGCCAUGGGCAUUGACCCCCCUAUGAGUGCCGCCGAUAUCCCCACUGUUGCUGAGAAAGUUCGCGCCAAGCUUGACUUCUGGAAGAACGACCAAGAGGCCCAGACCCAGCGUAACAUCGAGAAAGCCAAGAAGGAGAUCGCCGAGCUGGAGGCCGCUGAGGCUAACGGCGAUAAGAUCGAGCAGGCUACCUCUGACUUGAAGGAGACUUCUAUUGCUGACAAGCAGGAGUCGUAAAUAUCAACUUCGACUCAACUCUGAUUGCUCGUCGGCAAACUCCCAUGCCGUCGACGAUGGGCCCUAACGAACACUCAUAAAUGCGCUCUCUCACUCCCCCACCCCAUCCACCAUCUACCAAAACUUUAUCUUGGCGCUCUUACUCGACGUGUUGAAUCAACUGUUGAACUGAUCAAAUGUCAUUCAAGGGUUGUUUGGCCCACCAACUUUAUUGCGCGAGUUUCAACCUUUCUCACACUUUUUUCACCACCAUGUUCGAAUCUAAAAGGCGCUUUCUCGUGCUGUUUUGUAAUUAAGCGCUACUUCUUAGUGAAGCCAUGCGCAAGGAGAAUGAUAAAAAGUUGGU